GUUUCCUCUUUUACUAUACCCGCCAACAUGGGCCGCGUCCGCACCAAAACCGUGAAGAAGGCGGCCCGGGUCAUCAUUGAGAAGUACUACACGCGCCUGGGCAACGACUUCCACACCAACAAGCGCGUGUGCGAGGAGAUCGCCAUCAUCCCCAGCAAGAAGCUCCGCAACAAGAUCGCAGGCUAUGUCACACACCUGAUGAAGCGGAUUCAGAGGGGCCCGGUCAGGGGCAUCUCCAUCAAGCUGCAGGAGGAGGAGCGAGAAAGGAGGGAUAAUUACGUGCCCGAGGUCUCAGCCCUGGAUCAGGAAAUCAUUGAAGUAGAUCCUGACACUAAGGAAAUGUUGAAACUCUUGGACUUUGGCAGUCUGUCCAACCUGCAGGUCACUCAGCCUACAGUUGGGAUGAAUUUCAAAACACCGCGUGGAGCCGUUUAUCUUUCUUCUGUGCCGUA